AUCUAUUUUGAUAAUGUAAUGACUGUGUUAGUCUUUUUUAAAGCAAAAAAUACUAACAUUUGCUGGUUGCAGCCUCUCAUAAGUGGAAUUUGAGGCUUAAUUAAUUUAGAAGUCAUCGCCAUGACUUCUAAGAAAUGAUAAUGGUCAUUUUUCUGACAUAUCAUAGACAAAACAAUCAAGAAAACAAUCAGCAGAUUAAUCAAUAAUGAAGAUAACUGUUAGCUGCAGCCCUAAAUUCAGUUUUAUUUUCGUGGCACACCAUUAAAAUUACAUUCCUCUCAUCCCACAUGGGAUUACAUGACGCAUAAUGAUACGACAUAUAAAUGAAAACUUCUAGCGACUGACAAUCCAAAGAAAAAAGAAAUCCUAAUCAUAUCUGCAAACUACAUACUGUGUUUAGUAAGGGAGGAAUGUUUUACACAGAAAAAACCCACAUAUACACAUACAUGUAAAAGAUACCUAUACAAAACAUUUUUUGCUAAUGACCAGGCAUUAUCCAAAUACUCACAUGGACCAAAAGUAUUUUCAUAAUUUCAGCUUCUUCCAUAAGAAAGUAACCUUUCUUAGUUUUACUUAUUAACUCUGGAGUUACAAUAUAAAGGACAAUAUAAAGCAAAAUGUCAAUUCGGGUUUAUUUAUGUUGCCCAAAAUCUUAAAUUUGUCUUACAUGACUUUACGAUCUAUGCAGUGCACAGUAUCUUCCACCCUUAGACUCUUGAUUCAGACAAGGAAACACUUUAACAAUUUACAAAUCUAGUCAUGAAUACCGAUGUGUCGGGCACAGCAGGGGAAGGCAAACAAUAGUGAAAUCUGAUCCUGAGAGGCUUCAUCUGUUUCAUAGAAAAUAGCUGUCGGAAAGAAGUUGAUAUUUAUAGUAGCAGCCAGGAAAAUAUAUUCAAAGUUUCAACAUUUUCUUUUCUGUCAUGAUUUCAUCUAUAAUGACACAAGAUGGCAUCACAGAUUAGAAUAUCUUAACUAUUGGUACUGAAAAUAGGUAUUUUUUAUGAUAUGAAUAAUAUCAAGUACAUACUAUAAUUUCAUUUGAAUAAAAUCAAUUCAUUAUUUUCGUCUGGUUUGAUCAGUUGUAUAUAGUUUAGGAAUUAUAUUUAUUUUGUAUUGAUCAUUUCUUUCUCUCUCCAAUCAGGUGCGACCUUUGAUUGCCAAAGUCUACAAGCAAAUUUCUGUUCCCUGAUUUCCACUGGCCAGACAGUUACCAUCACCAUGGAAACAUCCCCAAAUGUUUCUAAACGCAAGAAGGAUGUCGUCCAAUCAGAAUGCCAGAUCCCAGGAGAGGAAGGGCUUGAAGAAGCCCUCAGCAACACAGAUCCUAAUGCCAACAGGGGGGCAGAGCCUAACUUCAACCUCAACCUCAAUCUGACUUCACCGAGCAACCCCCGCUUGAAGCUGCAUGGUGGGAACAAAAAAGACAAUGGGAGUAAAUUAGGUGGGAAACCUGGGGUGAAAGGAACAGUUACUAUGGAAACUGACAAGUCAGCAAGCACCCUAAAAACCACUGUGCUGUCACCAGGGGAGAGAGAUGAUCCUUCACGGCAAAAAAGCAAAAUUCCAGCGUUGUCUCGCUCACUAACAGCCGAGGCGUCAGUGAACAGCAGAGGCGAACAAAGGCUGAAAUCCCCAAACCCAACACUCAUCAUGACAAGUCCAAAACCACUCCGGGUAGAGCAGACAACAAUCACUAGCAACCCCAGAACGACCGAAAGAGUCAAAACACAAAUACUGAGAUCGGAAUCUGCAAACAUCUUGAACCCCAAACCACAUACUGCAGUGAUGACUGAACCAACAACAAAGACUACGAGCAAAAUAACAGUAAGCCUAAAAAUGCAAACAAACAGGAAAGAAGAUGUGACCCAGUCACCUCAAACGCUACACCCUCCUGUAAGCCCAACUGUCCACAGUCAGAGAGGAGAUUUACACGUCAUCAGUCCAAAACUGGCCAAUCGAACCCCUACAAUUAAUCCCAAAGCACCCAAAUCAGAACCAGCAAGCACAACAGCAAAGUUAAGCGAGCAGACCAGACAUGACUCAAGGACUCACAGUUCCGAGAUGUCCUCUGUGGGUCCAAAAUCACAAAAUCAGAGGGCUGAAUCAGCACUGCUCAGUACCAAAACCACCCAACCCAGUUCCCUGAGUCCUAAUCCAUCCACGCAGAGAAAAGCUAGAACCAGUAACAUGUCAGGGUCCAAGGAGAACUUUGAGAGUAAAGAUUUAAGCACUAGUUCAGGAUCCAAAUCCAGUUCAAAUUCUAAAGCCAAGACAAUGUCCACGGACAGUCUGGAUGCUAAAACUGGCUCCAGGAUGGACUCUAGAGAUAGCCUUGAUUCUAAGAUGGGUAUGGGUUCUAAAUCUGGCAUGGGGUCAAAGGAUGAUCUGGAUCCUAAAAAUCUUAAAAGCAGUCCAAGUUGUAAACCUGGAUCUGAGUUUAAUCUGAGCUCUAAAUCUGAUCAUUCCAGCUCUAAACCUGGUCCGACCCGGUCCACUUCUAAACCUUCUCUGGUAGCCUCUGGCUCUAAGAUCAACCCUGUUGCAUCCAUCUCUCCAUUGUCCUCUAGAACUGGUCUAUCAGGGUCCAAAGACGACCACCUCAAGAAUGCAGACACCAGUGCUAAGCCCAGCCCAGAUCCUAAAGCCAGUUCAAAUUCUUCUAAGCCUGGACCAGUUCGAUCUAGUUCAAAGUCAGCUCUGGCAGAUUUGUCCACCUCCUUGACACUCUCUCCAAGACCUGGUUCGGCAAGUAGGAGUCCUGGAUCUGGUCCUGAUAAAGGUCUCAGCUGUGGACCAAACAAGGAGGUCCAGAAGAGUCCUGGUUUUGCUCCAGGCUCCAGUGUGACUUCAAGCCCCCUGGGUCCUUUGGCCACCUCCAGCCCCAAAACCAGAACUACUGUUGCCUUGACAACAAGGGGAGGAUCCACACCAGAGCCUGCAGCGGUGGGAUCUGUCGGUGUGGAAAUCAGCAGCACACCUCAUAAUACCAGCCUGACUCGGGGUCUCACCUUUGACUCCAUCACCAAGACAUCAGUGAAAACAGGCGCUGCUGUCAAGGAAGAACAUUUGAAACUGCCUGCGACCAAAGUGGCAGCUGCAGGAGGACUGGCGAUAUCCCAGGGGGCCGUGCAAGGGGUCGAUGUGACUGACAACCAAGGGUGGUCGCCAGGAGAUACAAGCGUACUGUGCACCCUGCUGAGCAAACCAGGUCACCUGGGAGACCCAAAUGCCAUCACUGCUAGUAGCAACAUCCCAUCAUCAAGGGCAAUGGGUGCAGAGAGUAAGAAAGAAGAGAAGAUAAUGCAGGAGAGUGGUAAACAGAAAGAUGGUCUGGGGAGUUCUCUCUCUCCCUCCUCUCCUCUUCCUCCCCCUUCCACUCAUCCAGCAAGCUCCAAGAGUAACAGGGAGGCAGCGACCAUGACUGAACCCACUCAGAAGCUCCAUCUGCAGGAAGUGGAGCAGAGGGAGGUGGGCGUCCAGGUGGAGGUGGAGUCGGUCGAACGUUCUGCCUCCACCAGCCCCACCCUGCACAGGGGAGCUCCCACCUCCUCUCUGAUUGGCUCUUCGAGCUGUCAGUCAGAUAGUUUGACCUCGCCAAUGGUCCCGUCAUUGUUCGUCGUCCCUGCCGACCAACCGCCCCUCCAGCAUGUCUGCAAGAUUGACAUUGAGAUGUACAGCCAAUCAGUGCUUCCCUCUGUUGUGACAGACAAGGCUAAAUCCCUCCCUGCCUGUCUGCGUACGUACAGCUUUGAGCAGAGCCCCACACUUGCAUCAGAGCUACAUCUUGGACAAAAACAAGACAGAGACGCAAGCGCUGACAGCAUCUGGGAGGAUGAAGAGGAGGAGGAGGAGGAGAAAGCAAGGGAGCAAAACAAGGAGGAAGAGGACAAAGAGGAAAGGGACGACAUGGUGAAGCCACAAGAGGUGGCGUGGGACGAGCAGGGGAUGACAUGGGAGGUGUACGGUGCCUCGGUGGAUCUGGAGUCCCUGGGUACAGCGAUCCAGUCCCACCUCGAGUCAAAGAUUCGGGAGCAGAAGAAACACAUCAGGACUCUGAGGAUGUCCAUCUGCUCUGACAGCAGCCUGAGGGGGUGCAAGGUGAAGAACAAGAGGAAGAGGAGAGCAGGGAUUUUGGGAUGUUGCAGGAAGGCGCCCGCUGUGGCAGACUGAGACUGGUCCAGAAACCCUGCUCACACCUGUAAAGCACAAAUGUUCAUCAAGGAGGUGUCUACACUGUUUGCGGAGAGAGCACAAUCCAACAAGUCCUCCAAAUUAAACAACCAAAAACAUGGUUUGACCAUGUCACUCCAGAACGACACAUAGAAGCGUUUCCUAAUCUGGCGCCCCUAUCGGCAGUAAUCAGCAGGACAACAUCAUUUGUCUGUGCUUUCCAAAACCGUUACACAUGACUGUUAAAA